CUAACAUGUAUCUUGUUAAUUGUCAAUAAACUAAUCUUCUUUAAUAUUGGUGUGUUUUUUACACCUUUCUUGAUGUUGUUUCAUGUGCGUAAAUAAAAUUUAAAUAAAUUGUAAUUUAUGGAAACGAAAACUCCUUUGUUUUGUAAUUAACAGACUUUUGUGAACAAAAUUAUUAUAAAUAAUGGCAGCAAAUGACAAAGAAGUAACCUAACAUGUGAUUCCAUAGUCCGUUCAGUAAUGGAGGGUAGGCUACGUUUUGCGUCGCACAAAAUUUUACGUGUGUGAUCUAUGUUACUUUGAAACUCUAUACAUGGUGCAAUAAAAAGAUGUAUAAAAAAAUUCGUAUAGAGAAUCUCCUAUAAUCUAGGUUGUCUUAUUAAAUGUUGAUGCCCUUAGCGGUAAAAGAAACCAAAACCGAAAUAUGAGAUUAACCCAAGGCACCACCCAAAUGCGAUCGCAAUAUUAAAACAUGUUUCGAAGUCGAAGUUGGUUUGGAGGAGGGCUCUGGAAGCCCAAAAAUCCUCAUUCUUUGGAGCACCUUAAGUAUUUGUACAAUGUCUUAUCAAAAAAUCAGACAGUGUCUGAGAACAAUAGAGGUUUAUUGGUAGAGACUCUUCGUUCCAUAGCUGAAAUUUUAAUAUGGGGUGAUCAAAAUGAUAGCAGUGUAUUUGAUUUCUUUUUGGAAAAAAAUAUGCUUUCAUUCUUCUUACGUAUUAUGAAACAAAAAUGUGGAAGCUAUGUAUGUGUUCAACUGCUACAGACACUAAAUAUAUUGUUUGAAAAUAUACGUAAUGAGACUUCUUUAUAUUACUUGCUCAGUAAUAACCAUGUAAACAGUAUAAUAGUGCACAAAUUUGACUUCAGCGACGAAGAGGUGAUGGCAUACUACAUAAGUUUUUUAAAGACCUUAAGCUUGAAGUUAAAUGCCCACACCAUUCAUUUCUUUUAUAACGAGGUAAACGAGCACACCAAUGAUUUUCCAUUGUAUACGGAGGCAAUUAAAUUCUUUAACCACUCAGAGGGUAUGGUUCGUAUAGCAGUAAGAACCUUAACUUUAAAUGUAUAUCGUGUAGAAGAUGCCUCCAUGCUCGUUUUUAUAAGAGAUCGCACUGCAGCACCUUAUUUCAGUAAUCUUGUAUGGUUCAUUGGCAAUCACAUUAUAGAGCUUGACACCUGUGUCAGAAAUGAUGCUGAUCAUCAAAGUCAAAACAGAUUAUCGGAUUUAGUAGCUGAGCAUUUAGAUCAUUUACAUUACUUAAAUGACAUUCUCUGUUUAAAUAUAUCUGACUUGAAUAAAGUUCUGUCAGAACACUUGCUUCAUAAAUUAUUAGUUCCAUUGUACGUUUAUUCGCUUACAAAACAUAAGACUCUUUUGUGCCAAAAUCAGGAUGAGAGAAAACAUGUAAGCGUUGUAGUAGCACUAUUUCUACUUUCUCAAGUGUUUCUAAUAGUUUCCCAUGGUCCUCUUGUACAUACCUUAGCAGCAGUAAUAUUACUGUCAGACUUAGAAACAAUUCAAACAGGUGCAAGUAAAGUGCUUGAAAUGUAUGGUGAUAUUACAUCUAACAAGCCAAUUGCAUUUUCACCACCAAAAGAAAGCUUAGAAAAGUCACUAGAAAAUUUGAGUGAAUCCUUAAGUAUGUCAGAUGACCUUUGCGAGGAAGAAUAUAAUUUGGAAGAAAGAAAACUUGAUAACACGGUCAACAGGAGGAUAUCAGAAGACACUUAUCCUAGUACCUCAUUUGAUACUGCUUCAAUAGGAGAUACACCUGUAGUAAUGAGUUCAGAACAACUAGAUAUUACCAUUCCAAAUGAAGAUAUAGAAGAAAUGAAAUAUUUAAAUGUAACUGAUGAAGAAAAAGAACAAAGGCUGGCCCUAUCGAAUAAGCCAUUUUUAGAAACUAUUUUGAAUUCCUUAUUUUGCACAGAAAACGACUAUGCUGCCUUGUUUGCGUUAUGUUUGCUUUAUGCUCUAGCUAACAAUCAGGGCAUUGAUCGUAAAACUUUAGAUCCAAUUUUAUCCAAUUCACAAAACUCUACGACAAGUUUAUAUAAUGAAAUUUUAAUGGAUAGACUAAUACAUAUUAUAACAUUAAGUUGUCAAACAAAUGCGAAAGUGAGACUCGUCACACUGGAAUUGGCAAUUAAAUUAUUAACGCAAUUAGUAAUGUCGGAUGGACAAACGGUGUUAAAAGAUUCGCAUUUGGCAGCAAUCGAAGCGGCCAAAGAACAAAGUACUUCGUUAUUAAAAAAUUUUUAUAAGAGUGAAGACAUAUUUCUAGACAUGUUCGAGGAUGAAUACAGUGAAAUUCAAAAACGACCUUUAAACGUUGAGUGGUUAAUGAUGGAUAGUAACGUUUUAUUACCACCAACGGGGACGCCGAUGACGGGUAUCGAAUUUACCAAAAGAUUACCGUGCGGUGAAGUGGAGAGGGCACGCCGCGCUAUAAGAGUAUUUUUUUUAAUAAGAGAACUAUCUUUAACUCUCAGUAUGGAAGCGGAAACGCAGUUGCCUCUCACUAACCCAGCCAACUGUGUUCAAGUGGACCAUGUUCUUGAUCUAAAUAACAGUGACUUGAUCGCAUGUACGGUUGUGUGGAAAGACGGUCAAAAAAUUCGACGUUUUCUAGUCAUUCACGUUCUACAGUUAAUCAUUGUAGAACCAGACACUAGUAAACUAGGCUGGGGAGUGGCAAAAUUAGUAGGAUUUUUACAAGAUAUUGAAGUAGCAGGCGACAAAGAUGAUUCUAGGUGUCUACACUUGACGAUUUACAAACCUUUGAGUAGUACUACCGGCAACCGUGUUCCUUUGUUAUCGACAAAAUUUAUCUUUGACGAUCACAUUAGAUGUAUGGCCGCCAAGCAGAGGCUAACGAAAGGAAGGAUAAAAGCACGGCAAAAAAAGAUGAAUCAGAUUGCGAGAUUGCUUGACAUUCCAACAAGUAUGCCCCAUUCUUCAACACCACCACCAAAUUAUGCUUUACGUGGUCUACGGCAUGAACGUUUUGUAGGACGCGGACAAAGACAGAAGGAACCGCGACCAAUGUUCGUAGUAAACAGAGUACCUGGAUUCGCAGCACAAAUGCGUAGAGAAAGUAAUGCCACACCUUCUGCUGGAUUUGCAUCGUCUACUCCCAAACGUAGUGAUAAUAAUUCAACCGAGAAAAGUCAGGAGAAUGGUUUACGAUCUCGAGAUAAUUCACCGAAAAUGCCGAGGCCGCGGAGUGAAGAAAUUCCUUUGGAAGACAUGCGUAUUCGGAAAGCAACUUUAACGUCUACUGGAUUGAGCAUAUCACACGUGUGUCCAGAAAAGAAAGAAGGUCCAGUUUCUACUUGUUCAACCAAUGGCGAACCCUCAACUGUGAUCAGAAAACAUUCUGAAGAGACAUCGUUUACCUGCCCGAAAGAAGUGAAACCACGUAGAAAGGGUCAAGUGGAAACAGUAUGAUUGUGAGAAUUAAAUAAAAGAAAAACAAAACAUAAAACACAGUUUCAAUUAAACUUUUUUUCAAGAAUUUAAGGAAGAAAUGGAAAUGUACAUGGAAUCUUAAUUUAAUGAAAGAAAUCCUUGUUCUGUGUAAUAAAAAGUUUUACUAUAGAUACUUUCUAAAUAAUAACAUGAAGGAGUUCCCAUAUUUGAUCGUUCAUUUAAUGGAACUCUUGGGGAUAAUGUUGUAAAAAAAGACAAGGUAAUGUGAAUUCAUUAAAAGGUCGACUAUUAAUGAAACUAUUUUCAGUUCCUUUCUACUGUAUAAGUAUCUGUAUAUACAUUUUCAUCCCAGCAUAUAUAUAUAUAUGCGUGAGUGAAGUAGAAGUUGACCUUUUCUGUUUAAAUAUUAUAACUUGCCACUAGCGAUUCUCCAACUAAGUCUUAUAUUUAAUGUAUGUACAUAUUACUGCUUGAAAUUUCUAUAAAUUAAAAUAAAUACCAACAAAACCAUUUUUUUUUCUUUCUAUAUAU